AUGAGGAACUCGACGGUGACGGGACGGCUUCGAUUCCGUCGGAGAAGAAAUAGGAAGCCGGCAGAGGAGGAACGCGACGGUGACGGGACGGCUUCGAUUCCGUCGGAGCAGAACACUGGAGAACUCAGCUCCACCGUCGACCACCCUAGAAGCGGCCAAAGGGAGCUCCGCCGUCGAUCAUGGAGUUUGGCGCUGCCGCACAGCAAACACUCGUCUCCCGCCGCCGCCAUUGGAAAAUUCAGCCGCGUUGUUCCUCCGUGUAGUCGCCGGAAAUCGCCCUCGGAGACGAACCAUGCAAUCUCUUCUACAUCGUCGUCAAACUGCUUGAACGGAAUACCUGCUCGUACUGGAGGAGGAGGUCACUGGGCGGAGACGACGAAGACACCGAAGUCGCCGGAGAUACAAAUUCGGGACAAGGUCGGCCCAUCAAAAUUGAAAGUGAAAAAUGAUGAAAUUGAUAACCGGAGAGGGGUUAGUAGGGAAAACAACGGCCGAGAGGUUCACCGGCGGCUCGGACGCGACUACCGACGACCGGAGAUCCAUCAACUAGUUUAG